AUGACAGACUCGCAUGGCUUCGGAGGGGCUGGACGAGGGCCAACCUUUCCUCGACAGCCAGAGGAGCUGCAUAUCCCAUCGUCAAACAAUUCCAUUCCCUCGAACGGUCCGCGGCCCGCCCAGCACCAGUUCCCUUCGCCCCCGGAAUACUCUGCGAAUCACCCAACGUCGAUAAAUAUUCAAGCUCCCGCCUCCCAACCACAGCCUCAUCACCAAUACUCCGGCAGCACCAGUCAGCUGAACCCCGGGAAUGCGCUGCCUGGGACUCUUCAGCCUGGAAAUGCGAAUCGAUCCGGCCCUCUACCAAGCAAUACCGCUCCUACCUUGCCUACCCUCUCGCAGAUCGCUUCGCAACAACCUCCAGCAUCCUCACCUUCCAGACCGGUCUUAAUGACCCAACCGCACUCCUAUUCAGCCUCGAGCCCUGCUGCGUUUGACCAGCAAAAGUAUAAACCCUUUGGAGGCGCUUCGGAUGGCUCAAAAUACAUCUCUCCAACGUCGGGGACAUACCCAUCUCAAACCCCGCAGAACACCCAAUAUUCGCCUUUAGGAUUGGCAGAUAUUCGCUCACAUAUGGACACCGGGAUGCUAGAAGAAAUGGGCAGUGCGGCUCAAUCAAACAAUGCUGAAACGCCUGUUUCUAUGAAUUGCAAUUAUAUGGCGCCUUGGGGUGUGUAUGCCCUGGAUUGGUGCAAAUGGUCGAUCCCGCUAGGCAGCCCAACAGCGGGGAAGAUAGCUUUGGGGAGUUACCUUGAGGACAAUCAUAACUAUAUCCAAAUCUUGAAUGCCCACCACAAUCAGCCUGACAGAGACUACCCUGAGCCUGAUGGACUGGCAGGCCUAGAAUUUGUCAAAGUUGCAGAAGCUACGCACUCCUACCCGGUCACCCGAAUAUUAUGGGAACCUCCAUCGUCACAAAAACAAUCUACCGAUUUGUUGGCAACUUCAGGUGACCACCUCCGACUGUGGUCACUGCCCUCAGAAUCGUCCCAAUAUUUGCACCAUGGUGGCAGCUCCAUUACUCGAACAGCAAAUUCCAAGCCUCCCGUUCAGAAAUUAUCUCCUCUGGCUUUGCUUUCAAAUUCUAAAUCUCCUGAACAUACAGCGCCUAUUACCUCCCUCGAUUGGAACGUUGUGUCUCCAAGCUUAAUAAUAACGUCCAGCAUUGAUACGACGUGUACAAUCUGGGAUAUUCCCACACUGACGGCAAAGACCCAACUCAUUGCACAUGACAGGGAGGUAUAUGAUGUUCGAUUUUGUGCCAACAGUGUAGAUGUUUUUGUCAGUUGUGGUGCAGAUGGCAGUGUUCGAAUGUUUGAUCUGAGAAGCCUAGAACACAGCACCAUUAUCUAUGAACCGUCGGAGAAGAACGACAAGUCGUCCACUCCUGGUAACUUAUCCCCACCAGCCUAUCCAUCCGUCUGGCCGCCUCCGUUGUUACGAAUUGCUGCUUCGCCUCAUGAUGCCCAUCUUUUGGCGACCUUUUCCCAAGACUCCAGUGUCAUCCGAAUACUCGACGUUCGACAACCAGGCCAGGCUCUUCUCGAACUCAAGGGUCACUCUGCACCGAUCAACUGCGUAGAAUGGUGCCCGGCCCGCCGAGGGACUCUUGCCUCAGGCGCCGAUGAUUCUCUGGUCCUAAUAUGGGACCUGAUCAAUCAGAACAACGCAGCUAGCAUCAGCUCUCAAGCACAGGCAGGCCAAACGCACCUUUCCGGCUCAACUGGCGUGUCGACCAUGGAACGCGGACCGGCUGCAGCUUGGCAAUGCGAUUAUGAAGUAUCGAAUGUGAGUUGGGCUCCGCAUACCCCUGGCAGUAACGCCGCGGGGUGGCUAGGUGUGUCGGGUGGGAGAGGAUUAUGGGGUGUUUCCAUAUGA